AUGAAGGAACAUCAACAGCAAAAGCAGCUGCAACCACAACAGAACAACCAGCAUCCCUACGGUGGCGAAACAACAACAACAAUAACAACAACAAAGUUCGUCUCACGUGUCACAUCUAUUCCUAUUGUUCAAGAUAGUGUUUCGACCUUCCAAGCGAUGGCAAACAAGACCAAGUUUGGCAAAUUUGCCAUUUCCACUAUGAACUGUACGUUAUACAAUGUUGUCAACAAGACAACUUCAACCUAUCCUACUAUCUAUGAGCAGUAUAUUCAGCCUCAUAUUGAAAGAGCCGACGAAUUGGGUUGCCGCUCAUUAGAUUUACUUCAGAAUAAAUUUCCUGUUGUGAACCAGCCCACACCUGUGUUAUACGAGAAAGUGAAACACGCUCCACCCGUCGUGGUAGACACGAUCAAGGUCAAACUAGAUAGUUCCAUCAAGCAGCCUGCUAUCCAAGUCGUUAAAGAAGCAAACGAUCGUUUUGGUCAUGUUGUAGAUAACUUGGAGGCUGUCCUUGAUCAUUAUCUACCUACUACUCAGGCUACCGUCGACACCCAUACGACAGUCAAUCACACGAAAGACAGAGACGACGACGACAACAACAGCGACGAGAAACACCAACAAGCAGCGAAAGAGGAUCGACAAAAGACCGAUGUCAACCAGCUUUAUCGCGCCUAUUCCCUUUUCAACAGUACCAAAUCUCGUUUGGCUCGCCAAGUGUCAGAUCAAAUGGAUGAGCUUUUCAAUCGUGUGAUGGAGUCCUCUGUGCUUAUACAGAAAAUAACAGAAAGUGUGCAUCAGUUGCAAGAAUCUCUGAUCAGCUACUUGCAACAGCAACAGCAGCCUGUACUCACAACCGUGACCGAUCAAUGGCUUGCAGUCCAGAAAACAUCACAGAAGCGUAUCUCUAACAUGUCUGAACAAUUAUCUACUCAACUCCAAACUCUUAUCACAUCCUUCACCAAACUUCAGUUGGUUGCAGUAGAAAAGACAACUGCUGCUGUACCUGAUAGUGUAAAGAUUCGCAUUACUUCUCUCAUCACGACUGUUCAAGAAAGAUUGGAGUUGGUUCGUACUCAGUACCAUAAUACGGAAGCUAUGAGUACAACGGAAGACGAAAAGAGCAAUCACUCUAAUGCUGCUAUUGUUCAUUUGCUCAAGAACACUGUUCAAGCCAUCAAUGAACAGAUCUUGCCUUUACUGAAAGCGGCUCAAUCUCAAUUGAAUCACUAUGCUGAUAUCGCUGGCUCCCAUGAAUUCAAGUUGCUUCCUUUUGGUUUGUCUCAACAACAACAACAACGUCAACAAGCAACAGCAUAA